AAAAGUUUGAUACUAUUGCUCAGACCUUCCUGUGAGACCGCUAGAACUAUUGCUCAGACCUGCCUGUGAGACCGCAAGAACAGUCAUGGUAAUUCUGAUUGUGAUUUGUCUUUUAACACAGCUACGGGGUACCUAUGGCCUUCUUAUAAAUACCGGGAACAUGACGUCAUUUAGCAGCAUGGAGAGGAGACUGGCCGUACAGGAAACCAGACUGAAAGCGACAGAACAGAAUUUCCUCAUGGAAAGACAGAAGACGUCAAAUCUUGAAAAUACAGUGGCUAAUCUGAAGACACAGUUACGAUACCUCUUACUUGGAAUCAAUGAUCUACAGAGCGAGAUAAAGGCUGGUUCUCGAGUUGACAACAAUGCUUUUACUAACCUUACAAACGUAGCCAAUAGGAAAACUGUGAAAGCGAGCUCUAAGCACUAUAUAUUUUCGCCCGAAAAUGCAGUGGAUGGUAAUAUAGAGAAUUUUAUGCAUACGGAACCCGAGGACAAACCAUGGUUUCUGAUUGAUUUAGGUGGCAUAUUUAUGAUUCAAGAAAUCGAGAUCAUUAAUCGACAAGAUUGCUGUGGUGAACAAUUACAUGAUGUUCAACUGACGGUAGGAAAAAACAGCACUAAAGAUAUCAAGUUUUCGUGGCGAUUCUCUGGACCCGCCCUUACAGGGGAGGGAAUCGGAGUACAGUGUCCAGCAAAUACAAUGGGUCGGUUUGUGAAGAUACAAAUCGUUCAAGGAUCGAGAAAUGUUCUUACUGUUGCAGAGAUGCUGGUGUGGGGGAAGCCAUGGACAAAAUAACAGCAAGAAAUUCAAACCUUUUAUUUCUCUUUAUGUUUGAUGUCAGGAAUGAAACAUUUUGUUGCAUGUUGUGGUUUUAUGGCCUAAAAUUACGUAGUUGCGUUUGUGUUGAAGAAUGCUCUGACUAAGUUUUAAUUACACAUUAGUUUUAUAUGUAAUAAUAAGAUAGCGGUAUUUUUUUUUAAGGUUUUGUUGACAACAUCAAUCAUUUAAUGAUUUCUGCAAGCAUGCAA